CAACAACAUCCAAAUUCUCGGUGGUUUGUGUCUAUUUUCUGCCGAUAAAUUGCCGUAUUUCUACUGGAUAAACAUGAUCUUUGUUGAUGCUACGUCAUCCUGAAUACGCACGGGGUAUUUGGUAGUUCGGCAGUGAAAGUGAAAGGAAGACUUGUGGCCGACUGAGAAAGACAGAAAACGCAAAUAUGUCUGGAUACAACCAGUAUGGAAUGGGAGGAGGAAUGGGACCUGGAGGCAACUGGAACAAUGGAUCUGGUGGAAUGGGUUCCGGUAUGGGACCUGGGCCUGGGGGUAUGAUGGGAGGUAACUAUGGCAUGGGAGGCCCUCCACCAGGAUGGGGGAUGGGUUAUGGAAUGCUAGGUAACAUGGGUGGUCCUGGUACCAACCCGAUGGGUUCUGGACAAAACCAGGGUUCUGGACAGAACCAAGGUUAUGGCUGGAACAAUAAUAGUGGACCAGGUGGCUAUGGGAAUACCAGUGGAAACUAUGGCCAAAAUAUGGGUGGACAGAACACUGGAAAUACCAUGGGGAAUAAUUAUGGUGGUCAGAGUGGAAACUAUGGCAACCAAGGCGGAAAUAGCACAAGCUAUAGUGGGAGCUAUGGAAAUAAAAGUAAUCUGAACACUAGUAGUUUUGGUCUUGAAAAUAAUCGAUUUGCGAAAGUAAUCCAGAGUGCCCCUAGUUUGGAUGACACGCCUUCAGCGACGAAUACAGCAAUGUCUUUGAGUCUUAACCUUGGUAAGCAGGAGCCAAGCUACUGGGAUGGCUCUGGCGGUGGUAACAAUUGGCAGGCUGGGAAGAGUUUGACAUGGUCCGAAAGUGGGAACCAGAACAAGUCUGGCGGCCAGAAUUGGCAGGGUGACAACAAGUCGUGGGAGAAGAAAGACUCCUGGCAACGGGGCAGUAAUAAUUCCGGCAACAAGUCAUGGGAACAGAAGGGACAACAGCAAGGUAAACAUGAAUGGCAUCAGAAACAAGGCCAGGGAAAUAUGGGUGGUGGAGUUAGUGGAGGAAACCACGGUGGUAGCAGCGGAGGAAACAUGAGUGGUAACUCUGCAUCCACAAGUGGUAACGCUGGAGGAAGCCUGAGAGGAAACUGGAACAGUGGUACGUCCGGUGGAAUCUGGAGCGGAGGUGGUGCCAGCCAUGUUAACUUUGGAAGUCAAGGUUCCGGUGGUGCCGAAGGCAACUGGAGCAGCGCCGGUGGCGAUCAGAUGAACCAGAGUACGAGUAAAACUGAUGGCAAGAGCGAGCAGGCAGACUUUUAUUGGAGCGGCAGUGGUCCGACUGGGGAAGAGAAGGGAGAGGCGCUGAUGGAAAUCAGUGAUGAGGAGGAAAAGGUUGUAAAACCGAAGGCAAAGGCCAAACAACAGAAAACACAGGGGAAAACGGCUGUUGAGAAACCCAGGGGUAAAGUUAUUACUCAGAAAAAGCAAGAGUCCACUUAUACUACUAGUGCUAGUAGUAAUAGUGGCAGUAAACGAUCGGAAAAAGCUAAGGAACAAGAGACCUACAAUUGUCAGAUCUGCGAUGUGACUGUAAAGGGAUUGAUGCCGUACUUGAUCCACGUACAAGGACAGCGCCAUCUGAGGGCCGAAGCUGAUAAACGCCAAAAGGAAUUGGAAAAGAAUAAACCUGCUCCAAGAAAGCAACCCCUUGCGUCAAAAAGUAAAAUGAAUCCAGUGGCAGAUUCCAGGGCGUUGGGUAUCGAAGUGACACCCAAACCAUCCAUUCUAAGGAACACCGGUAAUAAACGGUCUACAGAUUAUCCACUAGAUCCCCCUAGUGAGAAAAAGAUGGGACGAUAUGACGACAGACAGACGGGUCCACCUCGUGAUAGUGGAAGAUACGGCAAUUAUGGCCGGAAUGAUUCAGGCCCGAAAUAUGGCGGUCGCGAUGACCCAGGCCCCAACUUUGGCCGUCGUGGUGACCCGGCCCCUGUGUACAGCAGAACAAUGAAUCAAAGUCAGCAGGACCAACCACUGGUGUUUGACUAUGGUCAUAGUAAAACGGGCCCUCAGUCGUCAGGCCAACAUGACUCACUGGGUUAUGACCAGCAAUCUGGUUCCAUGGGUCAGUUGUCUCCUAGUGGCCAGGAUGCCUCGGGUGACAACCAGUUACAGCACGCCUUGAACACCGUCUUGUCAAUGGUACAAGGCUCGGCCCUGGGUGGAAUGAACCCUCUCGCAUCCUCAAUCCAAGCUGCCAUAGAUAACAAAGUGCAGGCUGCCGUGGAUGCGCAGCUUCAAGGAAAAUUGGGCAAUCAAUUUGGAAUGUCAGACACAGCCGGGAAUCAAGCUCUGACAUCAUUAGCUAAUCUGCCACCCCCAAGUUCCUUACGGUCACCACCGGGUAUUGCAAAAGCUCCGAACAGCGAUCCAGUUUUUGUUACGCCAGAAAUCAUGUAUCCUGAGAAACCGAUGGAGGUUGACGUGAAGUCGAGCGGACUGGUUAAGAUUGGCGAAGGAAAGUUUGCGACGUUCCAGAAGUAUAUGCGUCAGACGAGGAAGGAGGAAAGGAUGAGGAAGAUGUCGUCAAGCGAGGCUGGUGCCCCUAGUGAGGAGAAAGAGAAGGAGCAGCAGCAGCAGCAGCAGCAGCAGCAAGAAGAUGAUGAUGUUAGCAAGGCUGUUCGGGCCGAGUUGGCGAAGUUAGGUCCAACCAAGGAUCAAGAGUUGAUCUCGAGCAUUGUCAGCAAGGUGGUGAGAGAAUACAUGGACUUGAAGACCGACGUUCCAAAAAGCGACGACCGCAGGAGACCGCAGAAAAGGGAGUCGGCAAAAAGUCAGGAGCAAAGAGAGAAGGAGGCCACUGCAGCCACCAACCCGACAAGUGAUAGACCACCACCAAAGCAGCAGCAACGGCGUCCAAAAACUCCAGUCAAACUGCUGCCGAACCUGGUCCCCUCGGGAAAGAAGAAGCAGAAGCCACAGGUUGCCAAGGCUGCACCGCGUCGCAAGCGAACUCCGCCUGCUCCUGUCAGGUUCUCUGUCAUGCCUGUCAAGUCAGCUCCGACCUUGCAACAGCAGAACCCAAUCGUGCUUGGUAACUCUGAUUCUGAGUCUGAAGCCGCAACGAAUUCUGGGGCAGACCCCACUACAACAACGACAUCUAGAGCCCCAACUACCACUGGGAGUAUUUCAUCGAUUAGUACCAGGACCACGAUGAUCACUAAUACAGCGCCUGUAAGCACUAUUCAGGUUUUGACGAAGAAGGAAGUGCCCUUGCCGUUAUCACAACCGGCCCCAACGCAACCGGACCCUCCUGGCACUGAGGCCCCGAAUGUAGCCAAGAAGCCAGACCCUUCUGCACAGUCGAAAAAGGGAAAGGCGAUACAGGUUGUGGGGGAAAAGGUGCAGAAGAAAACACCCAAAGGCGAAAAGAAGAAGAAAAAGUCAGGAGACUGGUCUUCAGGCAAUUUUGAUGAGGACUUUGCGAAUAAACGAGCUGAGUUGGACAAGAUUCUGUCUGCGUCAAUAUCAAAGCCGAAAUCGAAACCUGAACGGAAACGCUCCAUGGGUGCCAAGGGAGACCGUGUGUCAGUACUCAAGAAACGCCCAGACGACUUUGACAGUAGCCCAUACGAGGACAUCUCCGAUAUGUCGGACAUCUCGUCCGAUGAAAGCAUGUUUGGUGAUCGCCUUGGGAGACGGGUGGAAGUUGUACGACAUGUCGAUAGAGGGCGUGGAUAUCGAGAUAUUUCAAGGUCACCCCUCAGGUUUUCUCCUGAUCGUUUCCAUGGCGCUCGUAGGGGCAGAAGUCGCAGUUUAUCUCCUCGGUCAAGGCGUAGGUACCCAAGCCUAUCGCCUGUCAGAGGUCUUCGGCGAAGCCUCUCACCUAAGAGUCGCUUAAGCAGCAUCUCAUCUGACCUAGAUCACCGGAGGUUGACACCAGUUAAGGAUCGCUUAGGUCCAAAAAGAAGUAGAACGCCAGUCAAAGACAGGUUAGGCGGAAAGACAAGGAAGUUCUCGCCAUUGUCACCUCGGAGAUCGCUUGGGAGUAUUUCACCUUCUCGUCAGCAUCCACAUGGAGGUCUGCAACCACGCGCGAGAGAUCGUAAAUUAGAAAGAAGUCUAAGUAUAUCGCCUGAGCGUCUUCAUCCGGCUGGUGGUCUGGUGCCACGCAGGGAUAGAGGAAGAGACUUGUCACCAUUGUCGCCCCCUAGGGAUCGUUUGGGAAGUCUAUCGCCAUCAGAUCACCUCCGUGGAGGGCGUAUGCCACGAGUGCGAGAUUUGUCGGGUCAUUUGAGAAGUCUGUCACCGUUAGAUCAGCGUCAUGGUCGGCGUCAUACACUCAGUCGGUCACCGUCGCCACACAAGCGUGGAGGUCGAAGGGACCAAGGCCCAUGGCUGUCGCCACCUAGAGACCGUUUGGGGAGUCUUACUCCAUCUGAGGAAAAAGCUAUGGCGCAGAUUAAACCGUGGAAGUGGGACGGCCCCAAGAAAAAGUCACCGCCGAGUCAGCAUGAGUCAAGGCAGUCUUCUCCACAACGAUCAGUGCAUGAAUUGACACCCCGUCAAUUAGUGCACGACCCUUCACCCCACCAAUCUGUGCAUGAAAUCUCACCACCGCGCCGAGUCGUGCAUGAGAUGUCACCGCCACGCCAAGUGGUACACGACCCAUCGCCACUCCGAUCUGCCCAUGAUGGAAGCUUAUCGCCGAUCAGUGACGAUGAGAAGCUUUUGGGAGCGCCAGAAUCGGAUCAGCCGGCGGAGAACAAGCGAGGCGAAGAUUGGUAUGAACAGGAAGAACCUUUGCUGCAGAUUCCCGCCGAGAAGAUCACAACCGCUUAUGGUGCUCUACUCAAUGUUUUAGCUCCUGGGUGUGUUCAGAAUGAAAACGACUUGAUCUUGGCCACAGAAAUGAUAGCAGAACUCACACAGGCCCUUGUGGUUUUGAUGGAGGGGAAAGUUGACCAGGAUUAUCGUGAUCGUUUCAUCAAAGCCGCCGACGGUUUUGCCGCGAAUCACGGUGAUCACCCUCUCGUGGCUGCAUUCCAUGACGCAAGUAACGUUGCGCCCGCCAUCAUCAUUACACUGUCGCAACAGGAGGCAACAAUAUUACAGCAACUUAUGCAAAUAUUACAAAGCCGAUCGGACAUUUUAGAACGUGUGCUGCACAGUAAUGAUCAGUUGCUUGAAUUUAUCAAAGCUGCACAAGAUGGGAAAGUUGGUUAAGUAGUACGUAGCUUACUUUUGGACUUUGAGCUCUAAAACAUCUGACAAAUUCUUAACACCUUCAGCGCCGAACCACGUAGAUCUACGUGACCCAAAUCCCCCGUCCUUUCAGCUGUUUAUCGGAGUCUCGUGGACUUCAUGAAAGAACUACGCCAUCGCCAUCUUCAGGGCAAGGGAGGAACUGAAAAGACCGUGGAAAUACCGUUUGGGCUUUUCAGUUCCUGCUUUGCUCUGAAGAUGGCGAUGGCGUAGUUCAGGGCAAGGUCUGAAAAUACAGUUUGGUCUUUUCAGUUUCUGCCUUGCCCUGAAGAUGGCGAUGGCGUAGUUCAUUCAUGAAAUCCAUGAGACUCCGAUAACUAGCCCAAAGAGGGGAUUUGGGCCAUGUGGUUCGGCGCUGAAGGUGUCAAUGAACUGGUUGGAAAAUAGGAAGUUGUAAAGUAUAGAUAUAGUUUUGGGAACAGAUUCCCAGCAACAAUUGACCUGCCCGAUUUUAUUUUCUAUGAAUGAAAUAAUUUUGCAAUUUUUUUCCUGUUGGGUCUUUGUUAUCAAAUGUUAAAAUCAGAUUAUGUGGCUUCGAAGUGUUGUGAAUUGAUUUUCAAUAUGUAGCUGUUCGCUUUUUGCCUCUGCCUCUGCCUCUGAAAUUUCUAAUGUUUGGAUUUACAGUGGGACCUCUCUAUUAAGAACACCAUUUGGAUUGGCAAAUGCAGUACGGUGUACUUAAUUGAGAGGUGUCCUGAUUAGGGAGGUCUAAUUGGAAUGCAAAUGACCAACUUGGGACAAAUACUUGGUUCCUUAAUAGAGAGGGUGUCCUGCAACAGAGGUGUCUGCUAAGAUUUUUAUUUUGUUUUUGAAAUCUUUGCACCAAUAUCCUAUUUGAUAGUGCAUUUGCAAAAAAUUCAUUGUUGAGUGUUAUUUUUUUAAAUACAUUAGAACUAAGCUAAACUUGAUUCCAUAAAGUUAAAAUUUUCCGCAUUUGGGGUUCAAAUGGUUCAGAGGACGUGCUGAGUGAAUUAUUAUAAUUAUACAUGGUUAGGGUGAUCGUUUUAGAUAAAGAUGAACUUGCAUUUGAUAUUGUUAAUUGUGGUAAAUAUUGCUCUCAAAUGAGGAGUGUCUUCAGAUGAAGCGGGCCAGUACUUGAUAAUAACUAAACUUCCCUAAAGAGGGCGCAACAGGUAGCACUCGUGGCCAUGGGUCUGACCCAAAUAGGGGUCACCUGUGACUAAAUUGCAGUGCUCAUGCAUUGUAUUACAUGUACAUGCACCACUUGGAACUCCCCUAUCUGGAAAAUGGUUCGUCCCGUCUGGAGUCACCCCUUUUGAUAGACAGUGGUUUUACAUUGUAAAAUAUUGUGUGGAAUUGUGUACAGUAGAACCUCUCUAUUAAGGACACCCUCGGGACUGAAAAGUGCUGUCCUUAAUAGAGAGGAGUCCUGAUUAGAGAGGUCAAAUUGAAUGGCAACAACCAAUUUGGGACCAAAACUAGUGUCCUUAAUAGAGAGGGUGUCCUUAUUAGAGAGGUGUCCGCAAAGGGAGGUUCUACUGUAGUUCAUUGUUCUCCAAUAGGAGACCUUUGUAUAUUUCCUGAACGAACUUAUGGUACUUACUUACUACACUCAAUCAAAGCCCGAGUGUACCAAUUCUUAAAAACAUUCCAAAGGCCUGCUAUGGGAGGAUUCAUUUUAGUAGGUCAGAAUGUCAUGUCUGUAAAAUUUGUCAGUCUAGUAUAAUGGUAAAUGAAUACCAGGUGAUUCUUA